AUGAAUGAGACUUCAUUAUCUCCAAUUAAAGCAUUUAAUAGUAUUCUCAACAAAUCUAUAUAUUCUUCUGAAGAUUAUAAGAGAGCUCAAGAAUUUGGGCUUGAUAUAGUUCAAUAUAUAUCUCUUUCUUCAUUUGCUAAAGAUGCAUUAUACAAAACAUCAAAACAAGAAAUCGAACUAUUUACUGAUGAUAACAAAUAUCUAUUUUGUGAAAAAGGAAUUAGAGAAAAUAUUUCCAUGGCAAGUAAUCAUCAAGUAGUAGCCAACAAUCCAAAAUGUCCUGUAUAUAAUCCAAAUAAACCAACUACAUGGCUUUUAUAUAUCGAUUCCAAUGGGUUAUAUACUGGAUCAAUGAUGCAAUCUAUGCCAACAGAAGGUCAUAGGUAUUUAGAAGAAAAAGAAAUUCCAGAACUUUAUAAUAAACUUAUCAAUUGUAAAAUUCCAGAUGACGCAUCCAAAGGUUAUAUGGUUGAAGUAGAUAUGGAAUAUCCAUAUAAAUUACAUAAAGAUCAUACUUUAUAUUCUCUUGCUCCAGAAAAUCUCGAGAUUCCAAAAGAAGAGAAGUCCAAAUAUUGUCAAGAUCUUAUCAAUGAUUUUAAACAUUUUACAAAGACCAAAAAACUUGUUCCUAAUCUCUAUAAUAAGAAAAAUUAUAUAGUACAUUAUCGAGCUUUACAAUGUUAUAUAAAACUAGGAAUAAAGCUUACCAAAAUUCAUCGAGCCAUAGAAUUUAACCAAAGUCAAUGGAUGAAACCAUUUAUGGAGGAGUUAGCUAGAUCUAGAGCUUUAGCUACAAAUGAUUUUGAGAAAAAUAUGUAUAAGCUUCUGAGAAUAGAUUUUGUUAGACCUAAUUCUGAAGCAAAAAAGUUCAAGCGUCUUGUAGCUGAUACAACUUAUAAAUCUCACAGAAUCUUAGCUGAAAACCUAGACAUGGCGGAGAUGCAUGAACAUUUUGACUUUAGUAAUUAUCCAGCUGAUCAUGAAUUGGUUAAAAAUUUACCAGAAGAUGCAUGGAAAAAGAAUAAUAAAGUUCCAG